AUGGCAGCGGCCGAAGUGGUGACGAGCAUUGCCGAAUCCAGUACUAAAGAGAAAACCAAAGCCAAGAAGCGGUAUCUGAAAGCUAAGAAAGAGCGGCGCAAGAAGCGCAAGUCGGUUUCGGGCAGCACAAAAACUACAAAUACAGUGGACGCUGUUGAUGGCGGAGGACUUGCUUCUGGUGCUUUGAGCGAAGAUGAGGAAGGACAGGGCGGGGAAGAAGAGGCGGCGCCUGCGCCUCGGGUGAAGGAGAAAAAGGAGAAGAAAAAGAAAUCCAAAGAUGAUGAUGCGGAAAGACCUCGAAAGCGACGCAAAGUCGUGGAGGAAGUGGUGGAACUGGCACCCAUAGAAGCCCCGCCUAUUGCAUCUGCUUCGACAUCCCGACAGUCUACGCCUGACUCUGAUGCUAUGGAUGCCGAUCCUGUAAACAAUCAUGCUGUGCAUGUGGACGAUACCAUGGAGGUAGAUGGACCGAGAACACCGACACCAGAACCUUCAGCGUUACCCUCUUUUCCUCAGCCUACUCAGCCUGUCGCGCCUUCCCGUCUCGAACUUGCUUCCCAAGGCUUAGAUACUGCCCUUGCCCAGGCUAAAAUCGUGGACCCUACGAUCUCCUCACCUAUAUCUUUGGACGCCCACGAUGAUACUUCCGGACUCAGUCUCAAGACUCGCACACGCCUAAAGGAUCUCGGUAUCACGGAGCUGUUCGCAGUUCAAACGACGCUGUUACCUCUCUUGCUUCCUUCGGACCCUUUCAAAAGAGCAUUGUACUUGCCAUACGACCCUCCAUCCGACGUCUGUGUGUCUGCUCCGACCGGUAGCGGCAAGACGCUCGCCUAUGUUCUGCCCAUAAUUGAAACGCUCGCUGUGCGCGUGGUGACGCGAUUACGCGCGCUUAUCGUGUUACCUACGCGGGAUCUUGUCACGCAAGUCCGCGAGACGCUCGAAGAAGUCGGGAAAGGGAGAGGACUCAAGAUCGGCACAGCAACUGGUCAACACUCAUUCGCGCAUGAGCAGUCUCAACUCAUUGCAGACAAGACUCCGGGCCUGCUUGGAGGAUCAAGCAAAGUCGAUAUCCUGAUAUGCACCCCCGGCCGUCUCAUCGACCAUCUUAAUGGGACUCCAAAUUUCUCCUUGCAACAUCUACGCUACCUUGUGAUUGACGAAGCAGACCGACUACUCGCGCAGUCAUUCCAAGACUGGCUCAUCCGGGUGCUUACUGCGACACGUCCGCCGCCAGAAUCUGCAGCUGCUCUGCCCUCAUUACUGGACGACGAUCUCCCCUAUCCAGAUGCCCUGGCGCCGUCUCAUGCGCAUCUACUGUCUAACAUCAUCACGGACAUCGACGAGCCCACAGCGUCUUCUUGUCAGAAGCUCUUAUUCUCCGCCACACUCAUGAGUGACCCGGCCAAGCUUCGAGCCUUAGACCUCCGCGAUCCUCAGUACGUUAUCUUACAGUCAGCGGGGGCCGGUGCAGAUGCCGGCGGCGGCGCCUUGGACGUCGUCAUGGAGAGAUUCAGUAUGCCGUCUACGCUAAGCGAACACAUGCUCGUGUGCGACGCCGCGCGCAAGCCGCUAAUGCUUUUCUGGCUGGUGCUUCAACGCGAUGUACGGGGCGCGCUCGUAUUCACCAAAUCUGCCGAGUCAACAGCGCGUCUGGUGCGCUUGUUUGAGUUCUUCGAGGCUGCCCGUGCGGGAGAUGGGAAACCUCUGAUCGCAAGGGCGUAUUCAAGCGACCUCGCGCCAGCCGAACGCAAAGCAACGCUUGAAGCAUUCAAGAACAAAGAGAUCGACCUGCUGGUUGCCUCUGAUCUGAUCUCGCGGGGGAUCGACAUCGCACACGUUGCACAUGUGGUGUCAUACGACGCUCCGGUUGACAUGAGGAAAUAUGUUCAUCGCGUUGGAAGAACUGCUCGCGCUGGCCGUAAGGGCGACGCAUGGACGCUAGUGGAGGAACAGGAAGCAAGAUAUUUCAAGGAGAUGCUGCGCGGUGCCGGUCGGACUGAGGCCGUGACGAGAGUGCGUGUGAGCGACAAGCAGCUCGAACCGUACACCGGCUUCUAUACGGACAGUCUACAAAAACUCAAGGAGGUGUACACCCGCGAAAAGGCGAAGUAG